GAAUAUAAGCGCCGCGCACGCCUCCACCUACCUACCCACCACCUCCCCGCUCCUCGACGGAGACCUCGCAAGGCUGCAGCCCGGAUCCACCCCCGCCUCCGCUCCCCGAUCUUCUCUAUAAAAGACCGCGGAUUUCGAAAUUUUUUCCGCGGGAUCCCCUCCCCAACGGCCUCUCGUUCCCGCGCGAAUCGGCCCCGGGUUGAGCGGGAUUUGAGUUGACCCUCUGCUGCUGUUGUUGUUGUUGGGGGAUCGUUCCUGGGGGUGGAUGGCGGAGCCGGCGUUGGAGGGGAGCCAGCCGGUGGAUCUGACCAAGCACCCCUCCGGCAUCGUCCCCACGCUCCAGAAUAUUGUGUCGACGGUCAAUUUGGAAUGUAAAUUGGACCUCAAAGCAAUAGCCCUUCAAGCGCGGAAUGCAGAAUAUAACCCCAAGCGUUUUGCUGCGGUUAUCAUGCGGAUAAGAGAACCGAAAACUACAGCAUUGAUAUUUGCAUCAGGAAAAAUGGUCUGUACUGGAGCAAAAAGUGAACAACAAUCUAAACUUGCAGCUAGAAAGUAUGCUCGCAUCAUCCAGAAGCUUGGUUUUCCUGCAAAAUUCAAGGACUUCAAAAUUCAGAACAUUGUUGGGUCUUGUGAUGUCAAAUUCCCGAUCAGGCUUGAGGGUCUUGCAUACUCUCAUGGUGCUUUCUCAAGUUAUGAACCAGAGCUCUUCCCUGGCUUAAUAUAUCGAAUGAAGCAACCGAAAAUUGUCCUGCUGAUUUUUGUUUCAGGCAAGAUUGUUCUGACUGGAGCUAAGGUGAGAGAUGAGACGUACACAUCCUUUGAAAAUAUUUAUCCUGUCCUCACAGAGUUCAGAAAAGUCCAGCAAUGAUAACUUACUGCAAGUAAAGCAGAAAUGCAGAAUGGGAGGAUGUUAUUGCUGGCUGCCAGCUCCAACUUCCAAGUGUACAUAUAUAAUCUGGACCUGCGACUGGGAGGCCUGGAGGACAUGAUGCUGCACAUCAAUCUCCUGAGCUCUGAUGUGGCACACAUGUCUUUAACGGUUCAAGUAUUUGUCACGGAUUGCGCUUGGUUGUGCAGAUUCUUGGAAAUCAGUUGUAGCUUGCGAUGAUCUACGAAAUGGCAAUAAAACUGGAAAGCAAGUUUUUGUCCUGGCUUUUCGAAUGGUUGUGCAGAUUCGUGGAUGUCUUUUCUGAAUGUUUCUGAUGAUUAAAAGGCAAUGCAGUGUAUGUACUCCCUGACAUGUUAUACGAUACUAAAAGAAUAGAACUUUUUCAUGGACUGUUGCUAACUGUUGUAUUCUGAAGAAGCAUAGGCGUUUCAUUUCC